AUGAAUUCCGAGAUCAUCGAUCUCUCUUCCGGCGGCGAGUCGGGAGAGCCCUCUGAUCACCACGCCCAAACUCCUCGAUCACCAUCUACCCCGAUACAUCUUACUUCUACCUCACUGGGAAUGGAGGAGUGGCCAGAGGACAAAUGCGAGAUGGUCGGCCAAUACACAGUCUUCAAUUCAACCCAGGCCAGUCUUUCCCCGAUCAUAAUAGACGAUGAUUCGAGCACAGAAGAGCCUCAAUCUAUGCCCGGCUCACCCAAGUAUCUCGCAUCACCGACCAUGAGUGAAUGGAAUUUGUUGGACAAGGAACUGCAGCGUAGCGUGCAAAGGCAAUUCGGCGAGGUAUAUCCAUCGUUCAAGUCUCUGCGACGUCUUCUUUUCGGCCAGAAUCCCGACGAUUACAACGAUUCUCAAUCCUCGGGAUCUGCGACUCUCGAAAGCUCGUCUUCCCAGUCUGGAGGCGAUGACACAGAUAUCACGGUGCCUGGAAGCUCGCCCGCAGAUCCAAUUGAUCUAUCGGACAUAGAUGAUGAUCUAUGUGUCCUUCGACCAGGACGCAGGGUGUCGACUGUGCAAGAUCCACGCAGACGCAUUGCAACCCCACGCUCGACUCUCGCUGGUGAGAUUGACCAAGUCGAGCUGAAUGGUGAGAUUCUCCGCCCGUCGCUAACGGUGAAACUGUUGAAUGGGACGUACCUCCGUAUUGAGUGGAUCGCUCUGCGAGAGGGACAAAUGCAUUUAUGGGGCCGACACCUCAUGGGCUGCAAUGACCAUCAAUGGCCACCGCACAUCCCAAAAGACGAGCACGAACUGGUCUGGGUGCCAUGGAUGGACCACGAAACGGAUCUCAACAGCGUGGAGAGACAUUUGCCCGUGACUCUCAUGGAAGUUGCGGGCCUCUGCGAGGUGAUCUUCACCAACGAGCGCCGUGGGAAGAAUACGAGACAUGAACCUGGUGCUGGACUCUUCUGUCGACUAAAGGCCACUGCCAGGAAGCGUCCCAAGAUUUCUCCCACUCGCGUUAGCGGACUCCAGAUCAGCAGCGAACAGGAGUUCGACCAGAGUGUCGAAUACCUUACGCUCGACGAGUGUGACGAGGGAUACGGUUUUGAAUCACACGUUCUGCGUGAUCUUUAUCGUGGAUGCCCGACUGUUCCCUUUGGAGAGGGCCAGGUACGUUACACCGGCCUACCCACUGUCACCGAGGAGGAUGAAGAUGGUUCCCGGCCCGUCGUCGAUCUCACGGUUAAUCCCACCGCGUAUCUAUUCGGCGAUGCGUACUGUGGUGCUGGCGGAACCUCCUGCGGCGCAAAACAGGCUGGCCUAGAGCUCAAGUGGGCGUGUGACCUGGAUCGUUAUGCGGUUCACACAUACGGGAUGAACUUCGACGCCUGGAUUGACCACUGCUCCUUCAACGAUCUAUUGACGCACCCAAAGGAGGUUCUUCGAGUCGAUAUCGCCCACUGCUCACCGCCCUGCCAGACCUUUUCUCCGGCACAUACCAUUGAUUGCGCACGCGAUGACAAUAAUUCGGCGUGUAUCUUCAGCGCUAGCAAUCUGGUAGAGUAUGCGCACCCGCGUAUUCUCACUAUGGAGGAAACCGCGGGGCUGAAAGAGCGUUACAAAGAUAUUUUGAAUCGAGUGAUCAUGGAUUUGAUCGAAGCUGGAUAUUCGGUUCGAUGGGCCGUGAUCGACGUUCUUCAUUACGGUGUGCCGCAAACCCGGAAACGAUUGAUUAUCAUUGCGGCAGGUCCUGGUGAGACGCUCCCUCCGUUCCCCGAAAUCACUCACGAUCUUCCCGGAAGCGGUUGCCUCCCGGUGGUAAACAUUGAGGAUGCUAUCAAGGACAUUCCUGAUGGUGCACCUAACCACGACGUGGAGGAAUUACUCUACAUGUGGCGGAACAAAUGGCAUUCUCCAUACGAUCCUCGCCAACCGGCUAAAACGUUGACUUGCAACGGGGGAGAGGCCAAUUACUACCCCCUCGGGCCGGCGCCUUUCGCUCACAAGGGCGUUCGGAAGCAAGUUGGCAACGCGGUACCCCCGGCUCUGGCGAAAGCGAUAUAUCAAGAGAUUAUCGCGUCACUGCGCGAAACUGAUUCACGCGAGCAGGAAGAGAAACAACAGCGGGAGCGAGUCAUGAGGGGAAUGGAGUGA